ACGCGCCCGUGACGUAGUGACGUGUGGACAACAAACAGUCGUCGGGUCUCCAGCUAGCUAGCAGAAGCUAACGCUUUAUACACGUAGCGUCUCCUUCAAACCCCGUACGGGGGGUUUCCACUUGCGCCGGGAUAUUAAUUUAAUUCCCCCCAAAAAUAUCGAAUAGCAUCGGUUCAUUCGGUGGACGUAGCUGUCUCUGGGAAACAAACCGCUAGCGCUGACGUUAGCCACCGAGACGUGUUCCCUGCUCGCUGUUUUUCUCCUUGAGUCCAGGCUUCUGGUGAGCCGCUGUCCAGGGCACCGAGACCCGGUCACCAGCCAACCGAGACGCGAUCCCAAGCCCACCGAGACUCGUUCCCCAGCCCACAGAGACCCGGUCCCCAGCCCACCGAGACCCGCACUUCAGGGCAGCUAGACCAACUCUCCAGACCUCCGAGACCCGCUUUCCAGCACCGCAAGACCCGGUCUCCAACACACCGGGACCCGCCGCAGGUGACGGGACCGUUUUACCGACAGAACACCAUAUAGUUUGUCAGAGGUCAAGCCUUUGGGUCCCACGAAAAAGUGGACAAUGAAGCCUCAUCUCGGCCUACAUGUCAUCGGGCAUUAAGUUGAAGCUAGGUAGCGCAGCCAAGUUCAUGCAAAUCCACUGGUCUGGACUGGCUCACUGUACUGGCUCACUGUACUGGCUCACUGUACUGGCUCACUGUACUGGCUCACUGUACUGGCUCACUGUACUGGCCUAAUGGAGGCGCCCUGACUGAACUGGACGUCCUGAUCUUUCAAACGCUGCAUGCAGUUUGCUGAUGGCCUGACGGCUGUUCCUGCGUUAUCACAGGGGGUCAAAUUGUAGAACCAAAUAAUGUCCACUGCCUGAUUGAUUGGUACUAGUAGUUCUAGAUCUAGUACCCAGCCUCUCUGCCAAAACUGAAGACUGCAUUAACUGGAGAUGAGAACAUGAACAUCGAGGAGCAGCCUUUAGAUCUGUGCAAUGUUAAAACACAGAGCAGCGUGAACCAUGAGCACAACAGCAGCCACACAGAGGGCGUCCUGUCCCGGAUCACUGAACUGAUGAUGGACGGGGACACAGGCAAACAGAACAAUGUCCCCCCACAGCCCUGUGAGACGUACUUGCUCCCCCCGCGGACUGACCCCCUGAGGGGGGUGGAGGAGGACAACCACCCGGGCCCGGGGACUCGGCUACUCGACGAGUUGAACGGGAAUAUGAACAGCAGUGGUGCCCCAGACGGCCCCACAGCUGGACACCCUAAGGACCGUUCGGGUCUGGAGGAGACCCACGGGGACAUCAGGGUGGAAGUCAUCGAGCAGAGCAACACGGAGAGUGCCAAGUUCGCCAUGGGGGACGGCGGCGGGGACAUGGACAUCGGGGUGGACUUGAGCCUGGAUGAGAGCGGGGUCCUGGAGGGCGACUUAGAGAGCCCGGAGCCGUCGGUGACCGUGGAGUCGUCGGCGGCCGCCUGCAGAUACACCAACAAGGAGGCAGAGAGCCCCUCCGAACGAAGCCAGGAAAGGACAGAAGCUGCUGCGGCCCCCGACCAGGCCCUGUUGCCCCCCAGCCUGGAGGAUGGGGGGGACCACCACAACGCAGAUACCAAGAAGGUGACCUUCCCCUCAGAUGAGGAUAUUGUUUCUGGAGCUGUGGAGCCCAAGGACCCCUGGAGACAUGCCCAGAACGUGACCGUGGAUGAGAUUCUCAACGCCUACAGACAAGGCUGCCAGAAGCUCAACUGCAAGCCCAUCGCCAAAGUGCUCAAACAGAUUCAGGAACUGAAAGAUCUGACUCAGCGAAACGAAUGCCUGGAUCUUAAAGGUGAGAAGCUGGACUACAAGGCCUGCGAGUCCCUUGAAGAGGUGCUGAAGAGGGUGCAGUUCAAGUUGGUGGACCUGGAGCAGACGAACCUGGAUGAAGAUGGGGCGUCGGCGCUGUUCGAUAUGAUCGAGUACUACGAGUCGGCCACGCACCUCAAUAUCUCCUUCAACAAACACAUCGGCACGCGGGGAUGGCAGGCCGCCGCCCACAUGAUGAGGAAGACCAGCUCCCUCCAGUACCUGGACGCCCGCAACAGCCCCCUGCUGGACCACUCGGCCCCCUUCGUGGCCCGGGCCCUGAGGAUCAGUGGCAGCCUGGUGGUCCUCCACCUGGAGAACGCCGGCCUCUCAGGACGGCCCCUCAUGCUGCUGGCCACGGCGCUGAAGAUGAACAUGAACCUGCGGGAGCUAUACCUGGCGGACAACAAGCUGAACGGCCUGCAGGACUCUGCGCAGCUGGGGAACCUGCUCAAGUUCAACUACAACAUCCAGAUCCUGGACCUGCGCAACAACCACAUCCUGGACACGGGGCUGGCCUACGUCUGUGAGGGCCUGAAGGAGCAGAGGAAGGGCCUGGUCACCCUGGUGCUGUGGAACAACCAGCUCACGCACCACGGCAUGGGCUACCUGGCAGCCGCUCUGCCGUGCACCCAGAGCCUGGAGACACUCAACCUGGGCCACAACUCCAUUGGGAACGAGGGCGUCCACCAGCUGAAGGACGGCCUGAUCUCCAACCGUUCGGUGCUGCGUCUGGGCCUGGCCUCCACCAAGCUCUCCUGUGAAGGCGCGGUGGCGGUGGCUGAGUUCAUCGCUGAGAGCUCCCGGCUGCUGCGUCUGGACCUGCGGGAGAACGAAGUGAAGACGGGCGGCCUAAUGGCUCUGUCCCUCGCCCUGAAGGUCAACACGUCCCUGCUGAGGCUAGACCUGGACCGCGAGCCCAAGAAGGAGACGGUGAAGAGCUUCAUCGAGACGCAGCGCGGCCUGCUGGCCGAGAUCCAGAACGGCUGCAAGAGGAACUUCAUCCUGGCCAAGGAGAAGGAGGAGACGGACCAGAAGAUGAGGCAGUCCGCCUCCAUGGCGGAGAUCGCCACAGAGGACGGCCCCCCCACAGAGGAGGAGCCCUCGGACCCCGCCCUCCAGAAGGCGGGGCUCCAGAACCAGGGGGACGGCGAGGUCGGAGACGGCCAAUCAGAGAAGAGCAGCCUCCUGUCAGAGUCGAGCGCUGGCCAAUCCGAGUCGAACGUCGGCCCGGCAGAGACCUGCCUCGAGACGGAAGCCCCGCCCCUCUGCGAGGAGUCGGACUCGGACACAGAAGAGGAGGAGGAGGAGGAGGAGGUCCAGGCCGAAACCUCCUCCGGCUUCACCGAGACCGGCCCCCGGCCCCAGGCCGCGCCCCCCCGCGGCGCCUCCCGCGUCCCGCCGCCCUCGCCGGCCGUCCCCAUCGCCGGGAGGAGCGUCCUGUCGGCCAUCACGGUGACGGAGUCCCCCCUGCACCGCGGGCCGCCCCCCUCCCCCGGCCGCCUCAUCGCGGUCUCCAGCCCCGGGAGGGGCCACAAGGUCUUCAUGGUGACCCGGGUGGAGAGCCCCCCCGACCAGCAGCAGGCCACGGGGGGCCACCAGAACAGCGGCAGCCGGUCCGGGUUCACCGCCCCGCCGUCUGCUGAGUCCGGCCCCCACACAGACGACCCCCGCAGCGAAUCACAAUCCACGGACCUCACGGACCAGAACCUGCCCGUUGCCGUGGCUGCAGCGGACCCUGUGGCCCCCCCAACCCCCCCACUGAUGCUCCCCGAGGGGCCUGAGGGGGCACCAGAUCCCCGGGUCCCUGCGGAGGAACGGAACCAGCAGCUCACCCCGGACCUGUCUGCGGGGGCCCGCACUGUAGACCCUGAGGGCCCCCCAGCCAACCAGACUUCCUGCUUCCCCAGCACUCAGGCAGACCCAGGGGUGCCCCCCCAGACCCCCAGUGGACCCCAGACCCCCAGCGGACCCCAGACCCCCAGCGGACCCCAGACCCCCAGCGGACCCCAGACCCCCAGCGGACCCCAGACCCCCAGCGGACCCCUGACCCCCAGCGGACCCCAGACCCCCAGCGGACUCCAGACCACCAGCGGACUCCAGACCCCCAGUGGACCCCAGUCCCCCCUGACCCCCACGAACCCCAGACCCCCAGCGAACCCCACACCCCCAGCGAACCCCACACCCCCAACCCCCCUGACCCCCAGUGUACCCCUGACCCCCAGUGGACCCCUGACCCCCAGUGGACCCCUGACCCCCAGUGGACCCCAGACCCCAAGUGUACCCCAGACCCCAAGUGGACCCCAGACCCCCCCCCAGACCACGUGGUCCGGCCCCCGAGAGCCAGCGGCCCCAGCAGCAGCGUGGGAGAGCAGCAAGGAGGGAGAGGAGGUACAGGGGGAGGAUCCAGAGGAUAAAAUGGCCGCCGCCGAGCAGCAUCAGGCAGUAGGGGGCGUGGGGACCCCCCAGGCAGGCAUGCAGGAAGUGCCUGAGACUCUGAAGGAGGCGCAGUCGCCCAGCCCCCCAACAGGGGAAAGCCUGCCCCCGCCCUCCUGGGAGGACCAUCCUCUGAGCCCACUCCUGGACCUCACCCCCCAGGGGAGGGUUGCCGACCAGGGGGGGCAGGGGGCGGGGCCAGCAGCCCUCCCCAACGGGCUCAGGGCGGAGUUCGCCCUGCUGGAGGCUGAGGGCCCCAAGGCAGCCGGCUCUCUGCUGGAGGCUGAGGGCCCCAAGGCAACCGGCUCUCUGCUGGAGGCUGAGGGCCCCAAGGCAACCGGCUCUCUGCUGGGGGCUGAGGGCCCCAAGGCAACCGGCUCUCUGCUGGAGGCUGAGGGCCCCAAGGCAGAAACCUGUCUGCUGGAAGCUGAGGGCCCCAAGGCAGAGACCUGUCUGCUGGAGGCUGAGGGCCCCAAGGCAGCCGGCUCUCUGCGGGAGGCUGAGGGCCCCAAGGCAACCGGCUCUCUGCUGGAGGCUGAGGGCCCCAAGGCAGAGACCUGUCUGCUGGAGGCUGAGGGCCCCAAGGCAACCGGCUCUCUGCUGGAGGCUGAGGGCCCCAAGGCAACCGGCUCUCUGCUGGAGGCUGAGGGCCCCAAGGCAGAGACCUGUCUGCUGGAGGCUGAGGGCCCCAAGGCAGCCGGCAGUCUGCUGGAACACGCAGAGCUGAGCUGCGGGCCGGACGUGGAGACGCUGCUGCUGGACGCCAGCCUGGAGACGGAGCGGAGAGACGCGCCCUGAAGACCCCAGGCUGCGUCGUGGGACCCCCGGUCUGCCUCCUCAGAUGGUCGCCUCUCUCCGCCAGACCCUCUGCCGGCUGGAACACCGUACAUAAAGAUAUACCAACAUGUUAAAUAGACCAAAAAGAUAGAGCAUCUCAGACAGAAAGACUUUUGAAAACAACUCCACCAUCACCACGCUUUGGCACCAGGCAUCAGAGCUCCACCUGCCCCACACUACACCCCCCACUGAGCCCCAGGAGGAGGUGCUACCGUCGGGCGCUCUGCUCCAUCGACGCCCCAGACCCCCACACCACAAGAGGGGGCUGAUGACACUAACCAAAGACUACAGAAUACAGCCCCCCCCCCAGGCAACAGGUGUGGUAUGGUGUGUACCCCACCCUGUCAGGCGCUCCCAGGAGCCAGGCGUCUUCCUCGCUGGGUUCCUCAGCCUGGGGGUCUCCAAGCUCACAGAUCUGUUUGGUCCCCCAGGGGAAAUGAGUUGAGAAAGUUGUUGAAAGUGUCCCUCUUGUGUUGCUGUGUCCCUGCCCCGGCCCCCCCUACACUACUGUCCUCAUUCUGAUGAGUCGUGCUGUUAAUGGAAGUCAAACUGUACGGCCUUCAAAUCUGCCGACCAAAUCCAAUCGCAGACACCUUAACGUGGUCUCGACCCCCCCCCCCCCCCACCGGCUCACAGCUGCGGGGGACACAUAAGGCGUCUUGAUACGAGUAGAUGGUCCCCUGUUCCUUCCUUCCUGGUCUUCUUUAUUCCGUCUUCCACUAGUACCGCCCCCCCCCCGUGAUUCAUGUUGCCUUCACUUCAUUCUUAGUUUGAAUUUUAUCCUGGCUUUUGUUUUGCUGCUUUGAGAAAUCGAUUGUUUUUGUAUUUAUUUUAUAGAUCUAUGAGCGUCUCUGUGUGGAUUAUUCCCCUCCCUUCCCUUUUGUGUUUAAUGUUAUUUCUUUAUUAAGGGUUUUUGCUUUAAGCGACUUGCCCCGUUGGUGUAAAUGUCCUGUUGGAUUAGGUGGUUGUUUCUCUUGAUUGGGGAAAGGGUCUUGGUAAUAAAGAUAUCUUCGGGUGAAGGGUUUACGUC